ACUUUUAUUCUAUUUCGUGUGUUACGUCUUUCUGUUUCCGGCUGCGAUCAGAUCGUAGAAAUGCCUCAAGGUAAACAGAAAUUCAAAGCGCAGCGACCCGGAGGAGCUAAAAAGCAACAACACAAACCGAAAGGACUCAAGAAAGGAGGAAGGAUCAUCGCACCCAAAAAAGCUCAAGUGGUCCAACAGCAGAAGCUGAAGAAGGGUUUGGAGGUGGCCAUCAGGAACAGGAUUGAGCAGGAAGUCACACAGAAGGCCAGCACGUCCCUUCAUAAGAAACUGAGCGUGCUGAAGACUCCAGCGGGGAAAAGCGGGACAUCUGGACCCUCAAACCCAGCUGCCGGAUCCUCCAAAUCCAACUGAUGACAGGCAAAUAAUGUAGUAUGCUGUACAGCCGCUAGAUGGCGCCAUCAUAUAAAAUCUAAUGCUUACCACUCUCUCUGGACUGACAGUGAAGUUUAUUCUUCUUAAGGUUUUUUCUUGGAGAAAAGAAACACGGUGUGGAAAUUACAUAUGACAAAUCUUACAUGUGUGCAACAGGCCAUGAUAUUUUAGACUGUGCUUAUUUUUAUAU